UAAACUCUAACGAGGGAGAGAUACUGCUUCAGCUUGACGGUGACUGGGAUGAGAAUUACGGAGGAAACCCUGAUUCACAAAGAAGGAUGUGGCCGUACUAAUUUAGGGAUAAACGAAGGGUAAAAGAGCUAAGCAUUAAAGUGGAAACUAAUUGCUGAUUUGAAGGAUUUGGUGUCAGAAAAACACUUGAAGAAAAGGGGAAGGGAGAAGACAAAUCGCUGCAGCUUGAAGAUAGGUACGGUUUCAAAUAUCUUAGUGACUGAUUCUGGACUUUGAAACAGAGAUGGUUGUAAUUCCAAAAGAUUUGAGUAGGAGGAAUUGUUGAAAUCAGAUUGCAACAUUUAUACCCCUUGAGUCCCCCCAAAACUCUUUUGGCAUUUCCUAGUUUAUGAUUCAUGGGCGAGCAAGUAGAGUCUGUUGGCGUCUUGGAUAGAAUAAGUAAUUUGCCCGAUCAUAUUCUUUGUCGUAUUUUGUCACUCCUUCCCAUCAAAGAUGUAGUUCAAACCUCAAUUAUUUCACUCAGGUGGAGGUAUCUCUAUGCUUCCUCAGUGUCUGUCAUUGAUUUUAAUGAUUGUUUACCGCACAUCUCAGUACCUAGUGAAAAUGAUAACUUCUUUCUGAAUUUCGUUGACAGAUUCUUUUCUAACCCCAAGCAGUUAAGUUUAGAAUGCUUUAGGGUACAUGACUUUUGGGUGAGGAGGGAUGACAUUCCACGGGAUGAGGGUUAUUUACGCCUUAAUGGUUGGAUAUGCGCUGCGUUGCAUGGCGGUGUUAAGGAAAUAGAUAUUAGAUUUGUUUAUAAAGAUGUUCCUACUUUACCAACUCUUCUGUUUAAUUGCCAGUCACUGGUGACAUUGAAAUUGAUUAUCGGUAAUAUGAAGGUUCCGUCUAACACUUGUUUGCCAAAUCUGAAGACUCUACAUUUUGGGUGCUCCACAUUUCAAGAUGGUUAUUCAGUUCUUUGGUUAAUUUCCAAUUGCCAUGUCUUGGAAAAUUUGGAAUUUACUUAUUGCGAGUUUCAUGACAUUAGUCUCAAUAUCCGUAACCUUUACCUUAAGAGGUUGGUUUUAGAUUUCGGUGAGAUGUAUGUUCAUUCUCACAGAGGUUUCAAUGUCAUCGAGAUUGACACCCCAAAUCUUGUUUAUUUCAAAUAUGUCGAUACAAUGGCUGAAGGCUAUACGUUAAGUGACAUGAAAUCUCUAGAAAGAGCUGAUAUUGAAAUCACUCUGUUAGCCAGUGUGGAUUAUGAACGUGCAACAGGUCUUCUCAAGGGAAUUAGCAAUGUACGGUCUCUUUGUUUAGCCAUUGAAGACUGUUCUAAAACGCUUUUUCUGACGCCUCUUGAUCCAGUGCUUGCAUUUAACAGCCUUGUUGAACUGGAAUUUCGUAAUUACUAUAGUGAAGACUGGCAAGGAACGUGGAUUUUGGAGUAUCUACAUUGCAUGCCAAACCUAAAGACACUCACCCUGGAUAUGUCAAGUACGUCCGCAGAAGGGUUCAGGUCAUUGCCUACAACAGUGCCUUUGUGUUUAUUAUUUCACAUCAAGGAGAUUGAAAUCAAACACUUUGAGGGAGAGGAGCAUAUGUUUGAAAUGAUUAGUUAUUUCUUGAAACAUGCAUCAGUUCUGGAGAAGCUUGUAAUUGAAACUCUUGAUCCGUGGGAGAAAGAAGAAUCGGCUGUCAUCGGAAAACUAUCGAGUUUACCGAAGAAAUCAAAUAAAUGUGAAAUCGUCACUCCCUAAUAAUUCAUUGUCUCUUCUGUUUUGUAUUGUUUUAGAGAGACUUC